GUGGCUGGGUGUCGGUUUUUGAUAUUUAACGUUAAUGCUGCCGCGGGAGGGAGCCGGCGGGGAGUCACUUUAACCUGACUGCGUUACCACACAACAGAGCGUCCAUGAGCUAAGAUAGCGCUAGAUAGCGUGACCCAUGGAUGUAUAAUAAGAUCGGAAGAUCUUAUAAUACAGCCAUGGCGUGACCUUACUAGGCUAGCUUUAGCCACAAACCGAAACCGUGAGUUAGCCGGCCAGCUACAUUAACGUUAGCACCGGUUAAUCGUUUUAUAACGUUAAGAUUCGACAGUCCAGUCCACUAGCGUUACCAUAGGAACAGUUAUUUCAUUGCUGGAUGUCGUUAGCUACAGUUUCCAUGUGAAGGAAGUAGAGAAUAACCGAUUCAUGUAGAUUACUUCAUGCAACGUUACGGCUUUUCGUUGCGCCUGGUUAGCAUGUUAGCUCGCCAGCUAACGUCAUUUUCUUUGUCUGUGGUGCUAGCUAGCUGGUCGGCUAGUUCAGUGGUUCCCAUGUUGAAGUCUGGCUACGAAUGGUCGGUUGGAGGUGCGCCAAGAAAGUUAUUUGUUAGCUAGUUAUACUUUAAAGUUAGUUAUACUAGUCACACUAAAAAAUUGGCAUAAGGGGAAAUGUCGGAAAUAAUUACUGCAGUGAUUGAAGAGUGUCCUACAGUCACUGGUGCGCUGCUACUACCGACGCCUAAAAGAGACAAUUUGGCAAUUCAAAAAGAAAUACAAUUUUAAUGUAUCAUUUCCAAUUUCUUGGGGCUAAAGGUCUACACACGGAGUGACAGUGACCUACUGCGUGUGUGUGUACAUAGAAGUGUAGUUGACUUUAUAAGGGCCGGGAACCUCUGAACCAGCUCACGUAAAGCGGUGCGGAAGAUUGUGCAGGCGCUGAACUUGCUUGUCUAGCUAGCACGUGGUUAGUUUGUCUGUGGUUUGAAUAAAAACACUCAUGUCGCCAGGGGAUGCGGACAAAGACACGAAUGCUGAUCAGAAGAAUAAGAAGGGUGUUAAGAGACGCCGGGAGGAACAUGGAAGGGGCUACUUUGAAUUUAUUGAAGAGAACAAAUACAGCUGGGCCUCAUUUAAGUCUCCUGUGCCACCCCUGGAGGAAGAGGAUGAGGAGUUUGAUGACACAAAAGUCUGCCUGGAUACCUACAAUUGCGACCUGCACUUUAAGGUGUCACGGGACCGUUACAGCGCCUCAUCUCUCACAAUGGAGAGUUUUGCUUACCUCUGGUCCGGAGGCAAGGCCACUUAUGGUGUGAACAAAGGCAAAGCCUGCUUUGAGAUGAAGAUUACAGAAAAGAUUCCAGUGAAGCACAUUUCCAGUAAGAACAUGGACAUCCAUGACGUGCAGGUCGGCUGGUCCCUGGCUACCGGCACGCUGCUGCUUGGUGAGGAGGAGCAUUCUUAUGCGUACUCAGGGAAGGGUAAGAAGACCACCAACUGUGUAACUGAGGACUUUGGAGAAACCUAUGAGGAGAAUGAUGUCAUCUGCUGCCUUAUUGACUUUGAGGGUGAGGACCUGGUGUUGUCCUUCUCCAAGAACGGUGGGGAGCCAGCUGUCGCUUUCCAGGUCAGCAAGGACUCCCUGAACGGCCAGGCUCUUUUCCCCCACGUCAUCUGCCACAACUGCGCCGUAGAGUUCAACUUUGGCCAGAUGGAGACUCCGUACUUCCCUCAGCCCCAGGGCUACACCUUCCUGCAGCAGAUCCCAGUGGAUGACAGAGUCCGAGGGCUCAAGGGGCCACAGACCAAGGCUGACUGCGAGAUCAUAGUGAUGGUCGGCCUGCCAGGCUCAGGGAAGACUACAUGGGUGAAGAACCAUGUCCAGGAGAACCCCGGCAAAUACUACAUCUUGGGCAGUGACACCAUUGUGGACAAGAUGAUGAUCAACAGCCUGAAACGCCAGUCAAAGGACAUCACAAAACUGACUGCCAUCUCCCAGAGAGCACCUCUUUUCUUGGGAAAGUUCAUUGAGAUCGCUGCCCGCAAGAAGAGAAACUACAUCCUCGAUCAUACUAACUUGUCUGCCCCCGGCCAGAAGAGGAAGAUGUGCUUGUUUGCAGGCUUCCAGCGUAAGGCUGUGGUGGUCCUUCCCUCUGAUGAUGAUUUCAAGGAGAGAGUCCAGAAGAAGGUUGAGAGUGAUGGCAAAGAAGUGCCUGAGCAUGCUGUCCUCAAAAUGAAAGGCUUCUUCUCUCUGCCCGAGGAGGGAGAGAGCUUCAAUGAGGUCAUCUUCGCCGAGACUCAGAAGGACGACGCUGCCAAGCUGCUGGAACAGUACAAAGAGGAAAGCAAGACGGCUCUGCCCGCUGAGAAGAAGCCCAACCAGGGAAGCACAACGCCAAAAAGAGGCGGCGGCAUCCGUGGCGGCGGCCGGGGAGGCAAGAACCAGUUCGGCCGCGGCGGUGGACUUGGACAGAGAGGCGGUGGCCGUGGAGGCUUCCAGAACAGAGGCAACUUUAGAGGAGCCCCCGGCCCCCGCGGUGGCUUCAACCGCCCCCCUCGUGGCUUCCUGCCUCCCCCAGCGUUCAGAGGAGGUUUCCCCAACCGUGGCAACUUCAACCGGGGUGGCGGCCCCAUUCCCAGCCUGGGUGGAUCCCCCAGGGGCGGACCAAUGAGGGGUAACAUGGGCCCCAGAGGAGGACACAUGAACAGAGGCGGCCCAAUGAACAGGGGGAACAUGAGCAGAGGAGGUGGAGGCAACAUGAGCCGUGGUGGAAACAGGGGACAUCCCAACCAGUUUCAGCAGAGAGGCGGUAACCGUGGCAACUUUGGCAACAAGAACGGCAACUAUGGUAACAACAGGAAUAGCGGCAACUUUGGCAACAGGAACGGCAUGGACAAGGCCCAAGCCUUCAACCAGAGCUGGCAGCAAGGGUUCUGGAACCAGAAGCCGUGGAGCCAGCAGUAUCAGCCUGGAUAUUAUUAAGACACUUGUUCUAACGGACUGGUGGCCGACACUGAGACCCACCACUAGCCACGGAACAUCCCUCCACCCCGCUGUUUUUUGAUUUUUUUUGUUUUUGUUUUUGUUUUCCUAGAACCCACUUUUUAAAAAAAAAAAGAGAAAAAAAAAAUUUAAAAACCCACCAACCAACAGAGACUAAAGCGAUAUGGAGAAACAACAUUCCACGUCAGAGAGGAGACCAGGCAUCCUGAGUGUAAUCGAAGCUUUAUAUAUAUCUAUACACACAUGUGCAACGUGGGUUCAGUGUCAUUCAAUCAUCUGUUGUUGUUUUUUUUUCUCU